AUGCCGCGCCGUCCCGAGGGCCGUCUCUUCCGCAUGUGCGGCCCCGCCCGUGCGUCCGAGGGAACGAACGACACCGCGAGCGGGGAGAUGCUGACGGUGGCGCGGGCGCCAGCGGGGCGCUGCGCGGCGAGUUAUGGGUUGCCGGGGGCGCGCCCUGCGCAAGGCGGCCUCCUGCCACGAGGCGGUGCUGGAGAGGCCUGGCCACCGCAGCAGCUGACCAGCCCCGUCGACCUUCACGAUCGCAGCGGGUCUCACCCGCGGCGCGCCGCCGCACCUCCACGGCGCGAGGCGGCGCUGCGUUCGGACGCAGCCCAGCAGCUGGGCGGUGGGGGCUACGGCGGGCGACCCUGCGAGGACGGCCGCGAGGUCCCGACCCGGGCCUCCGACCUCCUCCGGGAGCAGCUGAGGGACACGAGGCGACGCUGGGCUCGGAAGCAGCCCCCCACAGCGGGAAUGGUGGGCUACGGCGGGCGUCUCCGCGAGAACGGCCGCGAGGUCCCGACCCAGGGCGAGGCCUCCGACCUCCUCGGGGAGCAGCUGAGGGACAGGCAGGCAGCCCAGCCGGACGUGCUGGGCGGCCGUCGCCCCGCGCAGUGGCCCAUUCGCAGAGGGCGUGGCCCAUGGGCCCCAUGGGCUUCUAUCCUUCGCGAAGCUGCCGAGGAACGACCCGUCGGGCACGACCGCGACCGACUGCUCGGCAACGACGUUCUCAUCUGUAAGGUCCAUCGAAGAAGAGAUUGA